AUGUCCAUUGAUUAUGGCACGGACUGGUUCAAAGUGGGCCUUAUCAAACCCGGCAUGCCUUUAGAUGUUGCAUUGAACAAGGACUCUAAGAGAAAGACACAAUCAGUGGUGACUAUUCGCCAUGAUGAGCGUAUUUAUGGUAGUGAUGCUAUUAGUUUAGCUGGUCGAUUCCCCCACUUGACUUAUUCCAAUUUGAAGAGUAUUGUUGCGAAGCGUUUUGAUGACCCUCUCACAGAAGAAUUCCGUCACCGAUAUGUAAACAAUAUGGUGCUUGAUUCUACUCGAAAUAUGCCAGCAUUUCUUCAUAAUGAAACUCAACAAUUAUCGAUCGAAGAAUUAAUUGCUUAUCAAUUCCAGAAUGCUAAACAACAAGCUUCUGCUACUGCUGGUGAGAAAGUUAAGGAUGUUGUCAUCACUGUUACACCAUUUGCCAAUCAAUACGAACGUCAAUCUAUUUUGGACGCAGCCGAACUUGCAGGUUUAAAUGUCUUGUCUUUAAUGCACGAUGAAACUGCUGUGGCGCUUAAUUUUGCAGUCAACCGCGAGAUUGGAAAGACAGCCGAGAACCAUAUUUUCUAUGACAUGGGUGCAGGUUCCACUGUUGCCUCUAUCGUAACUUUCUCAAAUGUAGAAACAAAGGAAGGAAAAAAGACACGUACCGCUCCUCAAUUAGAAGUUAGAGGUGUGGGUUUCGAUCGUACUUUGGGUGGUCACGAAUUGGAUGUACGUCUUCAAACUUUGUUGGCAGAUGGUUUCAUGAAGAUCAAUAAAGCUAGUGUGAAGGGAGACAUUAAAUCUUCGGAUAGUGCCAUGACCAGAUUGUUAAAGGAAGCAAACAGAGUUAAGCAAAUCUUGAGUGCCAAUACCGAGACAACCGCAUCUAUUGAAAACUUGCAUGAAGGCCUUGAUUUCAAGCUCAAGGUGACUAGAGCUGAAUUGGAAAAUAUCUGUAAAGAUUUGAUUGCUCGCGUUAGAAGUCCUAUCGAGGAUGCAUUGAAGGCUGCUAAUAUGACUGUGGAUGACAUCGACUCUGUUGUCCUUGUUGGUGGUGGUGUUCGUGUCCCAUCUGUCCAAGGUCAAUUGGUUGAUCUUGUUGGAGCUCAAAAAAUCGCAAAGAAUGUUAAUGCAGAUGAAGCUGCUGUUUUGGGUGCCGCUUUCCGUGGUGCCUCUCUCAGCAACCAAUUCAGAUUGAGCAAGCAAAUCAGUAUCAAGGAUGUUACCCUUUUCCCUAUUCAAGUUGCCUACACUCCCGAAAACAAGGGCAAGGAAGCUAAAGCAGCUGUUCACACCACCCUCUUUGAAAAGUUUGGUACCAUUGGCACUCGCAAGAUCAUGACAUUUAACCGUGUCAGUGACUUUGAAUUCGAGCUUGCUUAUGGAAAGGAUGCUAAUGCUGGUAUGGAUGAUAUUGCUAAAGUCAAGAUCUCUGGUUUGACAGAAGCCAUGAAGAAACAUAAGGACGAUAUCAAGGCCUCUGAGAUUCCACCCAAGGUCCGUGUCACCUUUGAAUUGUCUAACUCCGGUAUGAUUUCUGUGCCUGAAGCAACCCUUCAACUCGGAAAAUUGACUUUCAAGGAAAAGGUAAAGUCAUUCUUUGGUGGAAAGGAUGGCAAUGCCGAAGAAAAGAAAACGGAGGGUGAUGCAAAGCAAAACGAAACCGCUACAGAAGAUGCUAAAACCAAGACUGCUACAACCGAGGAGCCCAAAGAAAGUGUUUCUAUUACAAAGGUUCCUUUGGUCAUUGAAUACACUCCUACUGGUAUUAUUCCUCUUAGCGAGAAAGAUAAGGCUAUCGCUAAGCAAAGAAUUAAUGAACUCGAUAUCAUGGAUAACAAAAAGAAACUUCGUGAAGAGUCUCGUAACGCUUUAGAAACUUUUGUUUAUCGUGUUCAAGACUUUUUGUACAAUGAUGUUGUUGAAAUUGUUGCUGCAGAACAGGAAGUCGAGAAAUUUAGAGAGCUUCUUUCCGAGAUUUCUGAAUGGAUCUAUGACGAGGGAGAACAUGCUGAUACACACGUUUAUACCAGCAAGCUUAAGGAACUUCAAUCCAUUGAAAAUCCUAUCCAACAUCGUGUUAGGGAAUACAAUCAACGUCAAAACAACAUUGAUCAUGUUUCUACUACAGCUAAGCUCGCUCGUGAUUUUGUCAAUAGCAUCCGCGCCAAAGAAGAAGAGGCUCGCUACCACACUGAAGAAGAGCUUGAGGGCUUGAUGGAUGCAACUGAAAAGGUUGAGAAAUGGAUGGCUGAACAAGUGGAAGCCCAAAAGAAGCUUGCUGAAACCGAGGAUCCUGUUAUUGUUACCUCCAAGGUGGCCGAAAAGGUUAAGGCAGUUGAAGAGCAUUUAAUGAAAUUGCUUAGUAAGAAGAAGCCCAAGAAGGUUGUUCAACCCAAGAAGGAAGAAGAACCUGUUGAAACCAACGAGACCCAAGAGGAAAUCGUUAAAGACAGCGAACCCAAGACUGAGGAGCAUCAACAUGAUGAACUUUAA